AUGGCUUUCAGGAUCAAGCAAAAAGCCGCUAUUCUUUUCAAAAGUGCGCCUGCAGGUACAUUUAUGAAAAGGAAAGCAAAUAAGUUCCAGGAUUAUACAGUGGAUUUGUACUUACGUCAGUUUUGGCAUGAUAGUCGAUUAGCAUUCGAGAGUGACGAUGAGACGAAAUUGACUAUUGGAAUCGAUCUGGUGAAGAGUAUUUGGGUGCCGGACACGUUUUUUCCAAACGAAAAGAAGUCUUUUUUUCAUGAAGCAACAACGCAUAACUCCUUCCUUCGUAUCGAUAGCCGGGGAAACGUGCUGCGCAGCAUCAGGUAA